AUUCCUCCUCUCUACUAAUUCUAAAGCCUGUUUCUUAUAUAAAAAAAACCACCUCAAUUUUCUUCACUCUCUCAGAAAGCAAUUAAUUAAGAAUGGUUGAAGGAGUUGGUCUUCAGAGAAUGUUGAAGGCUAAAGCUUUAAUCAUCAGAGUCAACUUGCUCUUCUUAGCUUUCUUCUUGCUCAUUUACGUCGCCCUACUCCUCCGCCGCCCUUCGUUGUCUUCCGCCCCGUAUCCUAUCAAUGCAGCGUCGUUCGUCUCGUGUUCUUUACUCGAGUGCCAUCCCAAGAUGAAGGCAGUUUUGGAGGAGACUGAGCCAAGUUUGCCUUUAAAGUUGAGGAGAAAUAUGACCAAGUUGGAGAUACCAAUGAAGCUUUGGAAGAAAAUGGGGAAAUCAACCAAGAUUGGGAUGGUGAAUUUGGAUGAAGAAGAUGUUAGUGAAUGGGAGUCAAGUUUUGAUGUCAUACACAUUGAUUUUGAGAAGGUAUCUAAAUAUUUCGAGUGGAAGGAUUUGUUUCCAGAGUGGGUUGAUGAGGAGGAAGACCUAGAUGGUGCAUCAUGUCCGGAGAUACCAUUACCGGAUUAUCGGAGAUAUCAAAAAGUCGACAUGAUAGUAGCGAAGCUUCCAUGUCGGUACCCCGAGGAGGGUUGGGGGAGGGACGUAUUCCGGCUUCAAGUACAUUUGAUAGUGGCAAACAUGGCUGCGAAGAAAGGGAAGAGGGAUUGGUUUUCCCGGACGAAGGUGGCGUUUUUGAGCAAAUGUCGACCGAUGAUGGAGCUUUUCCGGUGCGACGACUUGAUCGACCGGGAGGGAUAUUGGUGGUUUUAUGAGGCGGAGAUGAGUAGAUUGGAACAGAAGGUUUCAUUGCCGGUUGGGUCUUGUCAAUUGGCAAUGCCCAUUUGGGAUCGAGGAGUGGAGAAAGUGUACGAUCUUUCCAAAAUCCAAAGAGCUACAAAGAUGGUAAAACGAGAAGCAUAUGCCACAGUAAUCCACUCUUCGGAAGCUUACGUGUGCGGUGCCAUUACGCUAGCUCAAAGCCUACUCCAAACCGGAACAAAACGUGACCUUAUCCUCCUAAUGGACGACUCUAUCUCCAUGUCCAAACGCGCCGCCCUGGUCGAAGCCGGGUGGAGGAUCCGGAUCAUAACCCGAAUCCGAAACCCGAGGGCCGAGAAAAACUCUUACAACGAAUACAACUACAGCAAGUUCCGGUUAUGGCAGCUCACUGACUACGACAAGAUCAUCUUCAUCGACUCCGACAUCAUCGUCCUUCGCAACCUCGACCUUCUCUUUUACUUCCCUCAGAUGUCUGCCGUCGGUAAUGAUAACUCCAUCUUCAACUCUGGCAUCAUGGUUAUCGAACCCUCCAAUUGUACGUUUCGUAUCUUCAUGGAGCGACGCGAUGAGAUCGUCUCUUACAACGGCGGUGACCAAGGAUUUCUAAACGAAGUGUUCGUAUGGUGGCACAGACUACCACGACGAACAAACUUCUUAAAGAACUUCUGGUCGAACACGACGCUAGAGAGGAGCGUGAAGAAUGAGAUGUUUGGGGCCGAUCCGCCAAAGCUUUAUGCCAUACAUUACUUGGGGUUGAAGCCAUGGCUAUGCUAUAGAGACUACGAUUGCAAUUGGAACAUAGAUGACCAACGGGUUUAUGCUAGCGAUGUGGCUCACAAAAGGUGGUGGAAGCUACACGACGCCAUGAAUGAGAAGUUGCAAGCAUUUUGUAAGCUUACAAAGAGGAGAAGGAUUGAGUUGGAUUGGGAUAGAAAAAUGGCUAAGAACAUUGGUUAUCAGGAUCAACAUUGGAACAUUAAUAUCACAGAUCCUAGACGGAUUCAUUUGGUUUAGAAAAUCAAAUGAAAAUUUGUUGUAUUCGUAAUUUUUUUUCGUUGUAUUUUUCUUUUUUUCUUUUUUCUCCUUUGGUGAUGAUUUUUUUUUUUAUGUAUGUAUAAUUUCUUUUAUUAUAAUUUAUGUGUGUGAAUAGUUCUCAAUUGGACUCUUGAGAGCUGUGAUUUUACACAUAUUUGGCUUUAGACAAUGUAUCA